AGAAAGUUCAGCUCACCGUCGAGACUCCUAUUAGCGCAAACAUGAAGCUUCUCUUGGUCCUCUCAGUGUUGGUAGGAUUGGCAGCUGCCGACGAUCUCGCCGUGCAGCAGCAGGCCGUGAACAGACUCCUGCUCAAAGUUACUGAGCCCAUCAGGAGUUACUUUACGGAUCUGCGCCAAGCCGCUGAUUCCUGGGACCCACGUGAGCACAAGAGCAGCUACACAGAUGAAGGCGCGGCUGCUGAAACUCUCUUGAAAGAGAUCGAGUCUCACCGAGUCUUGGAGCAGAAGAAAAUCUUCUCUCUCUUCAAUACCCGCCAGCGAGAAGAGGCCAUCAUGCUUGUCCAUGUCCUCCUCAACAGCAAGGACUUCGAAACUUUCAAGAACAGCGCUGCGUAUUUCCGAGAGAGGGUUAACGAGGGAGAAUUUGUCUACGCUUUGUACGUGGCCGUCACUCACUCCGAGCUCACGUCUGAUAUUGUGCUGCCUCCCCUCUAUGAGGUCACCCCUCACCUCUUCACCAACUCCGAGAUCAUCAACAAGGCAUACGGCGCUAAGAUGACCCAGACUCCUGGCAAGUUCAAGAUGAGCUUCACUGGAUCCCAGCAAAACCCGGAACAAAGGGUCGCUUACUUCGGAGAGGAUGUUGGCAUGAACUCCCACCACGUUCACUGGCAUAUGGAUUUCCCCUUCUGGUGGGACGGACACAAGAUUGACAGGAAAGGAGAACUUUUCUUCUGGGCUCAUCACCAGCUGACCGCCAGAUUCGAUGCUGAGCGAUUGUCCAACCACAUGCCCAUGGUGGAUGAACUUUACUGGGACCGUCCUAUCUAUGAGGGUUUUGCUCCCCAUACGACAUACAGGUACGGUGGAGAGUUCCCGUCUCGUCCCGACAACAAGAUCUUCGAAGACGUUGAUGGAAUCGCUCGCAUUCGUGACAUGAAGAUCUUGGAAUCCCGCAUUCACGACGCCAUCGAUCACGGAUACAUCGAAGAUGCUCAGGGAAAUCAUAUUGCACUGGACGAGGAACACGGCAUCGACAUCCUGGGGAACAUUAUUGAAUCGUCGACCUACAGCCCCAACCCUCAGUACUACGGUUCUCUCCAUAACGUCGCCCACAUAAUGCUGGGGCGACAGGCUGAUCCUCACGGUAAAUUCAACCUCCCCCCCGGUGUCAUGGAGCACUUCGAAACUGCUACCCGAGAUCCCUCUUUCUUCCGUCUGCACAAGUACAUGAACAACAUCUUCAAGGAUUACAAGAACACGCUUGCUCCAUACACCGCCGAGGACCUUGGAUACGCCAACGCCCAAAUCACCGACCUCUCAAUCGACGGUGAGCUCUCUACCUUCUUCGAAGACUACGAAUUCAACUUGAUCAACGCCAUUGACGAUACUGAAAGCAUCGACGAUGUUGACAUCACCACCUACGUGUCUCGCCUCAACCACAAGGACUUCUCCUACAACAUCGGAGUCACGGCUAACGCUGAUGAGGUGGCAACCGUACGCAUCUUCCUGUGCCCCAAGUUGGACUCGAACGGCAUCGAGUAUACCCUCGACGAGGCUCGAUGGGGCUGCAUCCAAGUCGACAAAUUCUGGACUAGUCUGUCUGCCGGCAAGAACACGAUCACGCGCAAGGCCUCGGAAUCUUCCGUCACAAUCCCCGACCGCACGCACUUCCAGACUCUGAUCGACGAAGCCGACGAAGCAGUAAAGUCUGGCUCUGCCCUAGAGAAGCACAACGCCCGCGCCUGUGGUCUGCCCCAGCGUCUCCUGCUGCCUAAGGGCAAUGAGGAGGGCUUGGAAGUUGAGCUCUUCGUGAGCAUCACGUCCGGAGAUGAUGCCGUGCACAGCGAUCUCGUGUCCAACGACCACGGUGGCAGCUACGGAUAUUGCGGCAUCAAGGGACAAGAAUAUCCCGAUAAGCGCGCCAUGGGAUAUCCAUUCGACAGGAGGGUUCCUGACGACAGGACUUUCAGGCAGCCGAACAUCAAGUGGGAGACCGUCAAGAUCUUCCACCACGACCAUUAAUGAGGCAAUUUUUGGGACAAUAUCUUCCAUCAGGAUAUUUCUAGAUGGAAACUUGUGCUCUGACUCCAUAGCGAAUGAGUAAUGAGGCUAGUUUUUUCAUCGUAUUAUACAAUAGAAAAAAUUGGUUGACAUUUUCUUGUGGAGUUCAUGGGCAAAACUUCCACCGUUAGAAUGAUCAAGUUGGGAAUUGGAGUCCCUUUUUGCUACAAAACGGUUUGAUGAAUUGAUCAGAUUGUCUCCGGAACUUCAAUCAGUGCGAAAAUUUUAUCACUGUAUUGACAGUAGCCGAGGCAGAGGAAAAUUUAAUAAAAUACAGGCAUUCAAAAA